AACAUAAAUAGUAAUACCAUAUCAUGAUCAACAUAAUCAUUAACAUAAUUGAGAAGCAUGAUUCAACAACAUACUAAGUAUUGAGUUUUAUAUGAUCCUAAUUCCACCAGCUUUGGGACCAUUAACUUCAAGAGAUUAUUAGGAUUGAUGUUCCCACAGUGUUGUUUUUGCCUGCAGCUGCCAUUCUCCGAAUCUUUGUUUUGCAGUAAUUCAGAGUGACACAUGUCUGCCACUAGAUAGAAGGAAUAAAAACUUAUCAUGUAUGACCGUGCACCGAGGCAGUUAACCAAAGGAUGUGGCUCCACCACUGAGCAAGUGGGACCAGGUUCUUAUGAUCCACUGGUAACACAUGCUGUCAAAGUUAAAGCAGAUGGCUAUGCACCAUUUUCGUCCAUGACAAGUAGGGAGACAUUCCUUACCCCAAAUGACAGUGUCAUAGCUGCUCCUGGGCCUGGGCAGUAUGAUCCAAAACCUUCCCAAGUCACCAUCUUGGGUGGUAAAACAAUGGCUAACAAAAGUAAGCGAUUUAAUGAUGGGACCUCGGAUAACCCUGGUCCUGGUGCUUACACGCUCUCCAAGAAGGCUGACUGGAUCAGAGAUAAGAAUGGCCUUUCAAGUGCACCAGGCAGGAUGCAGCAUGCAUCACUGAUGACAAACAGGUUGAAAUUUCACCGGAAGCCAGAUGCACCCUCGAUCCCAACACCAGGGCAGGCAUAUGGUUAUGAGGAGAAUGAUGAUGGUUCACUCAGGAAACAAGAACCUCCUAACAAAGAUGCUUCAAUGGGACCUGCUUAUUACAAUGUGGCAAAUAAAGUAGAUCCAGAGGCUUCAAGGAAAUACAAAGGUGUCCAUUUUGGAAAUAUGACAUCAAAGCGUAGUGAUUUCCGUGGUGCGCCAGGGCCUGGUCCAGGGGAGUACGAGCCACUUAACAGGGAAUCACAGAUCCUUGCGGAGAAUGUCAACUUCAAGGAGGAAGAGAGAAAGCGAUUCGAAGCCAAGAUUCCUCGAUACCAUGAGCUGAUCACUAAUGAGGAGGAGAAAAAGGCUGUUCCUGGUCCUGGUAAAUAUGAACUGCCCGGGCAGUUUGAACCCAAACCACCCAAGGUGAACACUGAGGGCAUCGAAGUAGAACAUCCACCUUUCGGAUCACAAGCAAAGAGAUUUAAUGGACCUGGGAAGAUUAUUCCUGCCCCGGGUGCUUACAAUGACCCAAGGACAGCCUUUGAGGUGACGAAGAGAGUAACAGGUUUAAAAAGAAGUCCAUUUGGUCAGACGUCUGUACGAUUUGGUCAGGAACAUCAUAUCAAAAAGACACCUGGUCCGGGGUCAUACAACGUAACCGGCAUGGGGUCAGACAGCAUGCGGAAAGCCUAUAUCGAGAGCACACGAAGAGGCGUCUUUGGUACGACGUCCGUCCGAAUUCAGCCAAUUGUGAAAAAGACUGAGACAGAACUCCCCGGCCCUUCACAUUACCAGGUGAAGGAGAAGCCGUUUGUAAGCCGCUAUCAACAGCUAUCAUCCACAUUUGCCUCUCUCUCAAAUCGGUUACAGGAGCAGCCUAGUACUGUUAAGGACUUGCCACCACCUGGGUCAUACGAGGUGACCAAGUCAUACGAGCAGAGUCAGCUUAAGAAGACAACAGGGAAGCCUCGUAGUGAUGAUGCGGCACGUAAACAAGGUGCUUUCCUGUCGUCUGCUUCAAGGUUUGCACCUCCAAGAGAUGUGGUGAUUGAAGAAACAGACCCAUUGAAUCCUGGUCCUGGCUCAUAUCAAAAACCAGAUACAAAAGUAAACAAGGGUGGGCUGAUGGUAACCAAGGACAAGAGGUUCAGAGAUACCAAGAGUGACAUACCAGGACCAGGGGCUUAUGAGUUCUCACCAUUGAUCCAGGACACUGUGCUACGAGGAACAUUCAACGCUACACUCAACAACCCAAUAACACCUCAUGUGGAUGGAACAAGAUCUCGAUCAACUCAAAAACAAGCUUUCUUGUUAGGAGUCUAGGUCUUUGUAUCAAAAUUACAUUCAUUUGUCUUUAUAUCAUCAGUUGUUAUAUUUUUUGCUGCUCAUCAUUCAUGUAGUACGAUUGAGGUUGAAAUUGACCUGACAUCGUGGCAAAAAUGUCUUUCGAAAAUGUUCAGAAAAGCUUGAGUGGAUUGCUCACAUUUGACCAAUGAUCCUAAUGCCAUUUCACUAUCUGCAAGAAUGAACAGUAUCCGGUCAUUAAUAGAUGGUGUGGAUGUAUUGAUGCCCAUCUCCUGACCGAUAUGAUAACCUAACCCAUGUCCGAAUGCAUGAGUCAACAGGUUAUAAGUACACUUCUCCGUAGAGAUGCCCCAGACCAACUCCGGGACCGUCCAUCUUAACUUGUCUACAAUCAGCUGGGCUAAGACUACUCACAAAUGUAAAGGGAUAUUGGGUAUUCUUGAUUUGGGCCAGACUCUGUUUGGGUGGUCAGUUGGAAUUCCAUUUCCAGUUCAAGGAUAGCAAUGAUGGUAUCAAUUAAAUGAAAAACUGAUAAUUUUGCCCUUAUUUGCAACAAUCAGGGAAAACUUGAGAUUCUUCAAAAAAGUUAAUCUAAUGGAUUUAUUUUCUGGAAUGGUUAUGGCUCAGAGUGAGCAGGCCACUUGGUGUUCCCUGCUCAAAAGUGCUUUAUGAAAAAAUUCUACUCUGAAAGAUGAAAAAAAAAAGUUCAAACAUUUGGGUUUUUUUGCUCAAAAUGAAGCAACAUGAUCAGUCCCAAAACCAUUUUGGUUUUGGUAGCGGUUUUGUAGAGCAGAUAUGUUAGCGUACUUUGAUCUGAUUGGUCCAUUGACUGCAUCAAAGUCAUCUUGUCCGUUGAUGAUGAUCACCAAGUUAAUCAUGCUAUCAUUGAAACAAUCCAUGGCUUACCAUAUCAUGUCCAUCUUCAUUGGUCAUUCUUGACCAUGCAGAUAGGUAAUCUACAGACCAAUGUGAUCAGUAUUAGAGCAAAGUAGAGAUUGUCCGCAGCCCAAACCGGACUUAACCAUCGAGAUAACAGCAUUUCCAAUGAGGUUGAUACAGUCAGAGUCCAUAGCGGUCAAUGCAGGAGUUGUAUGAUUAAUCCUAGAGCAAGAUACCAGUUGAUGUGCAGACCAGCCAACAGUAUCUACAAGUUGACCUCAUCUCCUCAGAUGAGUUGCAUCAGUAGAUAGAUGAAAAGUCAUCAGAAUCAUUGGGUUCUAUGUGCCAUUGGUUUAGAUGUAAUGCUGUUGGUCAAUUUCCAUAGAAGUGAUGUUAUCUCCCUGUUCCUGUCUAGACCAAUAGGUUGGAACAUUUGAUGUGACAGGGUCGUAGAUAAAGACAUUUUCAUAUAUAACCAUUUUUGUUGUGGCUGCUGACCAUGUUAACAUCUGUUGGUCCUUCUGUAUGCGUCUUGCGUUGUUUCUUUUGCCUUGCAUAUAACCAUUUAUGUUUUAAAGUGAAAAGUGUCAAUUGUGAUGCACAGUGAAAUAUAAGUUCUGAUAUUGCACACUGUACUGUACAACUGUACUCCCUCAAAGCGCUUUACUCAUUCCACAGCCUAAUCCAGAAAUCUUUCUCAACAUACUGCACGAUACUUGGCCAUUUCAUGCCAGUUGAAAGUACAGAGUGGUAUGGCCAAGCCUCGAACCCAUAAUCUUACGAUAACAAGUCAGACUCUCUUUUACUGUGCCAUCACGCUUCACAAUGCUGAAAACAAAUGAGUUAUUUGUGAGCGGCCCCCAUCAGAUAUGUUCAUAGCUACUGGUAAGCUGCUGCAGAACCACUCCGUAAUCCUCACAAAUGGUGAUAAUGCACCUCCAAAACAUCACUUAUCCCCACUCAGGAGAUUUUUCUUGAAGCAAAAUAUUUUCGUUUCUUAACCUGAGUCAUUUGGCUGCUGUGGAGUUGAUUUCACUUAACGUUUGGUCGAGUGGAGUUCUGGGAAAGUAUACACUAACCUAUAGGAUUUUCAGGCAAACAUUUGGUGAACUUUGUGUGCAAUGAUUUCCACUCCGGGCUGUCAUGGCUUCCAAAGUCCACAUCAGCACUCUCUUGACACAUGCAGUAAGAUAAAUGGCAGCAUGAAGAGGCAAUAAGCCCUGGAUGAAGCUCAUGAUAUUGUUUACAAAACUUACUAAUUAUCAAGUAAUGUUAGUAUUACCUUGCCAAUGGCUAAGAAGUAUCAGCCCGAGGUUGUUUUGGUCUGUUACUAGCGAACCUAGGCAGACAGGGUAACCCUUAUUAGUUGGUUAUAAACAGUUGAUUUACCUAAAGAUCAUACGUGUGAUUAUACUGGGUUAUAACCAGCAGAAGUGUGCAAAUUCAAGAUUUCAGUGAAAUACCUGCAUUCCUGGAAUGCGUGGAAAUAUCAAUUUUAGUUAUAUUUGAUUUAUGCUCACCUUCAGAUUGGUUUAGGUGAUAAUGCCAGAUUGGUUUGGAUGAUAAUUUGAGGUUAUCAUGCAAGGGUAUGGGAAAUUCACAAAAAACGAAGAUUUCAGCAAAUUAUACACCUUUGUGCAGUUGAAGUUGAUUGUCCUAUAAAGUUUUGAUUUACCUGUGGUUAUGUUAGAUUCUAUAGGGUUAUCUCCAAUCGCCCACGUGGACAUGGGAAGAUGUGGAACCUUGUCAACUCCAGGUUCUCAAUGAAGCCAUGGUUCAAUCUAAUGAUGGGACACCUGGCAAUGUAUUUGCUUUGUGUGGCAUGAGAAAAUCGUUGGGUCACAUGAAGAUUGGUCUUUGCGCCCUUUUGUUUGUGCAUCCAAUGCACGAGUAAACUUUCCCAUGGCAUAUAGUAUGAUGAAAAUGUUGAUAAAAUAAAGAGCUCUUGUUUUUAAAGAUGUCCUGCGAACAAAGUCAUUAACUGUUUUGAAGACUGAGAUUUGGAAUAUUUCACUAUUGACAAGUGAAGUUCACCAUUUUGUAAAAAAAAUUAUUUCAAUAUGUGCAUUGUGUGCAUUAAGUCAUCAAUUAGAAGAAUUUUCUUUUGAGAUUUUGACUUUUUAAAAGAUUUUAGGCAUGUCUGUGAUAUUGUCUUUGUUGUAUUGCAUGGUUUCCGUCCAAUAGUCCACCCAUCCAUAUUGAUGUAUAUAUGUACAUUAUAUGUAUAGCUUUAGUCCUGUUUUUGUACUUUAUGUGUGUGUAUGUCUGAAUCAGUGAACAAAACUUUAAUCAUUUAUAAGAUAUAUAGUCAAACUGCUGAUAAAUGUUUUGAAUUCCUUUAUCAGGAAAGAUGAUGCAUGAUCAAAUAUGGUUCAGAAAAUUGAAAGUGUAUCAUCUGACCUCCUCAAUUUUUGACUACUUUACAAAAGUAAGAAUAGUAGUCUGGCAAUGCUUUCAUUAUAUCAGUGUAAAAAUAGAGCAGGUUUGCUUUUCUUCAGUCUUUGUUAUUGCACUAUGUAUACGAUUUUUCCUCACAGCUCUUAACUUGAAGGAUAUAACAUUAGAAAAUAACUGCUGAUUAAAAGAUGUGUCAAGUUAUUAUGUUGUCCUGAUGAUAUUGUCGACUUAUCUAUAGAUCUGGUGGUGUCAUUACAUAUACUGCUUAUGUCCAACUAUAGCACACAUCCAUCCCUCAAUAACUUUGCCUGAACACCCGGCAGAUUUUUUUGUGCUCGGGAAAACAUUGGCAAUCUGGCAUAUUAAUGGCAUUGCUGUAUACCUGGGAAAGACAUGUUUAUUUUGUGAAUGUGUACAUUGGAAAAGAAUAAACAUAUUCUGAACAAUAAA